UUCACUUUCAGUUGAGUGCUGAAUGCAGUUGUUACUGAAUGUGGGCGGGUAAACAAGCCCGGUACAUAAAGCAAGUCAGUGGAUUCAGUGAGCUCAGUGUCUCCGGUGGCAGAACCCACUUCACACACUUUCACCAAAAAUGGAGAGCAACUAUAGCAGCCCAAACAUGCCAGGUAACCCUGACAGCUUAGGUGAGUCAUAGUACUUCAGUAAUAAUCUAAUGUUCAGGUAUUUAAAGAUCUCUGUUAAUUUUCUCUCUUUAAAAGCACAGCUUGUGGAGAAUACUUCAGUAGCUUUACAGUAUCACAACAGGCAGGGUUAACAUUUAAAUGCUCUUUCACAUUAGUGAAGCUGCUCUUUUGCUGCUAUGAAAUGUGAUUUCUGUCUUUUUAUGAAGUUAAGUUAUCUGCCAAACUUUCUUGUUGAUUUAUUUGGUAAAAUUGAAAAUGUACUUGUACAGGAAAUGGUCUGUCUUUAAAAUAGAAGAAAUGUUUACACACACUGUCAGUAAGGAAUGAAGGGUGGCUAAGACACAGUUUCACUUUCAGCUGACAGUGGGGAUGGUUUAAAAGAACUGCCACCCAUUCCUGUAAAUGCUGGGUGAACAGCAAACAAAUACACAUCAAAUCAUGAAAAAUGAGAAUAACUGACUAAAUUGAGCUUAUCUGACUCCAAGAGAAGCUUUUCUAGUCUAUAAGGUAAAUUAAAUUCUUUAUAGUGAUUGAAGACCUUAUAAAGUUCUUCUUUUAAAUGUUCAGAGGAAAAGGCAGUUAGGGUGAAAUAGCUGUCCCUUCUAACUUAUCUUAAGUCUGUAUUGCAAGUUGUGAUGUAUUGUAAUUUAUCAUGCCAUGUGUUUUGUAUAUUUUGUCUUGUGUGGUCCUGCUCCUGCAAAAUUAAUUGCUCCCUUGGGGACAAAUAAAGAGAUUGAUUGAAGCGUCUUAUCCAAUCUCUUUAACUUUUUACACAGGGUACACCAUUACAAAUAAUGAUGAAGUGAGAAUAGUGAUGGUGGGGAAGACUGGAAUUGGGAAAAGUGCCACUGGAAACACCAUCCUGGGAAGAGACUGCUUUGAAUCAAAGUUCAGUGCUCAGUCCAUGACUGUGGACUGCUCCAAAGGCAAGGGCGCAGUGGACGGACAAAAGGUGGCUGUGAUUGACACCCCAGGCCUGUUUGAUACCAGGUUUGGGAUGGACAAGACAACCAAAGACAUCAGCCAGUGCAUCACUUAUGCUUCUCCUGGUCCCCAUGUGUUCCUAGUGGUCAUCCGUCUGGGUAGAUACACUGAAGAGGAGAAGCAGACAGUGCAAAGGAUUCAAGAGAUCUUUGGUCAGGCAGCAGACAGAUACAGCAUGGUUCUCUUUACCGGAGGAGAUGAGUUAGACAAGGAAGGAAAAACUAUUGAGGGUUUCUUGGCUGAAUGUCCAGAUCUGCAGGAACUUGUCUUCAGGUGUAAAGGCCAGUACCAUGUCUUCAACAACAGGGAAAAAAAAGAUCGCUCUCAGGUCAAUGGGCUGUUCCAGAAGAUCAGAAGCAUAGUGCUGGAGAACGGAGGAAGCCACUACACCAAUGAGAUGUUCCAACAAGCUGAGAAGGCAAUCGAAGAGAAGAAACAACAUAUAUUGAAGGAGAAAGAGGAGAAAAUACGCAAAGAAAGAGAGAAACUUGAGAGGGAAAUACGGCAAAAGUAUGAAAAAGAGAUGAAGAGAAUCAGUGAUCAACUCCAGGCUGAUAGAGAGAGGGAGAAGAACGAGAGAGAGGAGGAGAGGAAGAGGGAGAGGGAGGAGAUGAAUGAGGAGAGAAUGAGGGAGAGGGAGGAGAGACAAGCAGAGAGGAUGAGAGAGAAGGAGGAAAAAGAAAGAGAGCUGAACAAACUGAAGGAACAGUAUGAGAGUGAUUUGAGAGAGGAGAUUGAAAGACAGCAGAAACAGGAGGAAAUCAAGGCCAGGCAACAGGCUGAGGAUGUUAAUCCAUUACUCUUUCUGCUGCUGAAUGCUGUUGAACUCGUAUCAGGAGCAAAAUUUUUUCUUAGGGCAAUCAGAGGAAAGUUCUUAUGAGUAGGCCCACAUUCAGGUCUUCUAUUGGAGGAACCUCUCAGAAGCCUCUCCCUGAAAGACUUUUUCAUUCAUAACAAUUUUAAUAACUUCCAAAAUGUGUGUGUGUGUGUGUGUGUGUGUGUGUGUGUAGGGGGGGGGGGGGUAUGAUUACAAAUGUCAGAGGAUUGAAGUUCAAAAGUGCCAUCACCUUUUAUCAAAAUUUUUGAAAACUAUGUACUAUUUUGUAUUAAAAUGAACCUUUAGUGUAUAAUAAAAAUGGAUAAGUUUAAAA